CUGACAGUGACGUCAUGGAGUCAUGGCUCCAACUCGCCAGCAGCUUGGUUCUGUCGCCUUCAAACGUGGUUCCGGUAACGGCCCUGCUGCUGGCCCUGUACCUGCUGACCGUUUACCGGAGGCAGGCGGCCACGCUCCACAACAUCCCCCCAGGACCGAGGCCGUGGCCCCUGGUGGGCAACUUCGGCGGGUUUCUCGUCCCUCCAUCUUUCAGGAAGACAUUUGGACUGCACGACGGCACGAGCGUCAUGGAGGCUCUGACGUCACUGGCGGCGCUGCACGGUGACAUAUUCAGCCUGUUCGUGGGGAGUCAGCUGGUGGUCGUGCUGAACGGAUAUGACGUAGUGAGGGACGCUCUGUCCAACCACCCCGAGGUGUUCUCAGACAGACCGGACAUCCCGUCCAUCUCCAUCCUGACCAAGCGCAAAGGAAUAGUGUUUGCGCCGUACGGGCCGGUGUGGAGGAAGCAGCGUAAGUUCUGCCACACAACGCUGCGAAACUUCGGCCUGGGGAAGCUGAGUUUGGAGCCUUGCAUCCAGCGAGGCCUGGCCACCAUCAAGGCAGAGCUGCUGACUCUGAACAAAGAGUGCGGCGGUGCCGGUGUCGACCUGUCUCCACUCAUCAGCAAUGCCGUGUCAAAUGUCAUCUGCUCGCUGAUACUGGGCCAGCGCUUCCAUCACGGGGACCCCGAGUUCCGGACCAUCCUGAGCCUGAUGGGGCGUGGGCUGGAGAUCUGCAACAACAGCGCUGCCGUCCUCAUCAAUGCCUUCUCGCUGCUCUACUAUCUGCCUUUUGGGGUCUUUAAGGAGUUACGGCAGGUGGAGAGAGACAUCACCGUGUUCCUCAAGAGGAUUAUUGCAAAUCACCGUGAGACUUUAGAUCCUGAAAAUCCCAGGGAUCUUGCAGACAUGUACUUGAUAGAGAUGCUGGCACAGCAAGCUGCUGGAGAGAAGGACAGCAGCUUCACUGAAGAUUACCUCUUUUAUAUAAUGGGAGACCUCUUCAUAGCUGGCACUGACACCACGACUAAUUCAGUUUUAUGGACUCUGCUCUACUUGGCCUUACAUCCGGACAUUCAAGAUAAAGUCCACGCAGAGAUCGCUGCGGUCGUGGGCAGACGUCGGCCCCCGUCCCUGACCGAUAAAGGAAGUCUGCCGUUCACUGAAGCCACCAUCAUGGAGGUGCAGCGACUGGCGGCUGUGGUUCCGCUCAGCGUUCCUCACAUGGCCUCAGAGACGACAGAGUUCAGAGGCUACACCGUCCCCAAGGGAACGGUCCUUUUGCCCAACCUGUACUCCGUCCACAGAGACCCCCGUGUGUGGGACGAUCCGGACACUUUCAACCCCGAACGCUUCCUGGACGAUGAAGGACAGCUGCUCAGGAAAGAGUUCUUGGUGCCGUUUGGCCUUGGUCGUCGAGUGUGUAUGGGCGAGCAGCUGGCCAAGAUGGAGCUCUUCCUGACGCUCACCGGCUUACUGCAGACCUUCAGCUUCACGCUACCAGCUGGGACACCUCCUCCGUCCCUGCACGGACGCUUUGGACUGACGCUGUCUCCGUGUCCCUUCAGUGUGUGCGUGACUGCGAGGAGCGAGGAACACGUGUCACGUGGGCAGGACGCCGUCAAGCACAGGCGCUCCUGA